AUGGUGAAUUUCUAUGGUUGCAUCAUUCCCAAUUGUGCUGACAUCCAGAGCCCACUGGAGGAAAUUGUUUUAUCUGAGGUCUUCCUGCUAACCAAGGAGGCGUUGGCGAACGCCACAUUACUGGCACACCCAAAUCACGAGGCCGCGUUACAUCUCGUGACGGACGCCUCUGGCCAGGCAUUAAGUAAAGCCCUUUAUCAAGUCGUGGAUAGAUCUUCGCAACCGUUUUCCUUUUUUCACACACACUAG